ACUUCAGAAGCAGCAGAGACACCCGGCCCAGGGCACCCUCCGGAGCGGACGCCAGCAGUGAGCGCUGCGGCCUGCCUGUCAGGGCAGCGGCGUGGCGACGGGUGCGGCGGGGACCAGCGCAACGAAGCCCCGAGCCCUGUGCGGGCGGUGAGCGAAUCCCCGGCGAUGCCUCACAACUCCAUUCGAUCGGGCCAUGGAGGGCUGAACCAGCUUGGAGGGGCCUUUGUGAAUGGCAGACCCCUGCCGGAAGUGGUGCGCCAACGCAUCGUGGACCUGGCUCACCAGGGCGUGAGGCCCUGUGACAUCUCCCGCCAGCUCCGGGUCAGCCAUGGCUGCGUCAGCAAGAUCCUUGGCAGGUACUACGAGACUGGCAGCAUCCGGCCUGGAGUGAUAGGGGGCUCCAAGCCCAAGGUGGCCACCCCCAAGGUGGUGGAGAAGAUUGGCGACUACAAGCGACAGAACCCCACCAUGUUCGCCUGGGAGAUCCGAGACCGGCUCCUGGCAGAGGGAGUUUGUGACAAUGACACUGUGCCCAGUGUCAGCUCCAUUAACAGAAUCAUCCGGACCAAAGUGCAGCAACCGUUCAACCUCCCCAUGGACAGUUGCGUGGCCACCAAGUCUCUGAGCCCAGGACACACGCUGAUCCCCAGCUCAGCAGUUACACCCCCGGAGUCACCUCAGUCAGACUCCCUGGGCUCCACCUACUCCAUCAACGGGCUCCUUGGGAUCGCUCAGCCUGGCAAUGACAGCAAGAGGAAAAUGGAUGACAGUGACCAGGACAGCUGUCGGCUGAGCAUUGACUCCCAGAACAGCAGCAGUGGCCCCCGCAAGCACCUCCGCACGGAUGCCUUCAGCCAGCACCACCUCGAGUCACUCGAGUGCCCGUUUGAGAGACAGCACUACCCGGAGGCCUAUGCCUCCCCCAGCCACACCAAAGGCGAGCAGGGCCUCUACCCACUGCCCUUGCUCAACAGUGCCCUGGACGAUGGGAAGGCCACCCUGACCCCUUCCAAUACACCACUGGGGCGCAACCUCUCGGCUCACCAGACUUACCCGGUGGUGGCAGAUUCUCAUUCACCCUUCGCCAUAAAGCAGGAAACCCCCGAGGUGUCCAGUUCUAGCUCCACCCCUUCCUCUUUAUCUAGCUCCGCCUUUUUGGAUCUGCAGCAAGUCGGCUCCGGGGUCCCAGCCGGUGCCUCGGUCCCGCCCUUCAAUGCCUUUCCCCAUGCUGCCUCCGUGUACGGGCAGUUCACGGGCCAGGCCCUCCUCUCAGGGCGAGAAAUGGUGGGGCCCACGCUGCCUGGAUACCCACCCCACAUCCCCACCAAUGGACAGGGCAGCUAUGCCUCUUCGGCCAUCGCAGGCAUGGUGGCAGGAAGUGAAUAUUCUGGCAACGCCUAUGGCCAUACCCCCUACUCCUCCUAUGGUGAGGCCUGGCGCUUCCCCAACUCCAGCUUGCUGAGUUCCCCAUAUUAUUACAGUUCCACAUCGAGGUCGAGCGCGCCGCCCACCACCGCCACGGCCUUUGACCAUCUGUAGUUGCCAUGGGGACAGUGGGAGCCUCCAAGCCACAGGAGGACUUGGCCGGGGACAGGCCCCAGAGAGUCACACAAAGGAAUCUUUAUUUAUUACAUGAAAAAUAACCACAAGUCCAACAUUGCGGCACACUCCCCGUGUGGUUGGUGUAACGAACCAUGAAAGACAGGAUGACUUUGGAGAAGGCCACUCUGUCCUCCAAGACUCCUGAACAAGGUGGAGGGGUGGGGUGGGGGGAGUCCCUGGGAAGGAGCAGCGGCCCCCGUUCUGGGCAAGACUACACUGGAGGAGAAGUGUGGAGACCAGAGGGAACAGCUGAGGAGCUGCUGGGGGUGGGGUGGCAAAUGGGGCCCCCGGAGGGGCUGAGGGACGUCCCAGGGUACCUCCCUGGCUCUGUGGCCUGCACUCACUGAUUACCAUGUGUGGAGCACUUCCAGCCCUCUCAGGGGAAGGCUCCCCGCCCCUGCUCUGAGAGGUUCGUACGUGCCCUGGAGUUGAGACCCCAACUGUCCACCUCGACUCAGCCUGCUUGGUCUUCCUGCACCUCCUUCCUGGCCACUAGCCAAACAACAGCUCCGCUCAGCAGAUCUUCCUGUGGCCACUGCUGUGACCACAGCUCACCCCCUGAUCCUCCUCCUGCCUAAAGCAGAUGGAAAUGGACAUUCCCAAAGAUCCCCAGCUCCAGGGUGGGGGGUUCCGAGCAAGACAGAUUGCUGGGACCCACUUCCCUCUCCCAACAGCAACCCCUCCCCACCAAGCUAACUGUACUGCCUGCGACCCCAGCCCACCGCAACCGAAGCACCCCCCCGAGGCAGCCUGGAAGCCAGCAAUGGAGGUUCCCUCUCUGGCCCUGUGGCUCCUGCCCCCCAAGGCCUGACUGUAAAUACUGUAAAUGAAGCUUGUGUGGGUCCAGCAUUCCUCUUUCCACCUCCCAAACUCUGGCCUUUCAGUGACUUGUCUCCCUCCUAUGUCGGGCUUUGCUCCUUGAUAAUGCUUUUUUCUUUUUUUUUUUUUAAAGAACAACCACUCGUCCAUUGCCAUGUGACUCA